AUGGACAAUCUUCUAGUCCAGCAGCAAGUGGCCAUGAGGGUCGUGGAACGCGCCCUCGACAACUUCAAGAAGGUCGGCCGUGCGAACUACACCUGCGGUGGUGUCCGCAAUCGCAUUCUCAAUCUCAACUCUGCCUACGCUCACUGCGAGCAACUUCACGCACAACUCAUCAGUGUAGCAGCUCUGGAGGGUCGCGAGGCAGAGGAAUAUUUCUUGGAAAAUCGAUUCGAGAAAAUGGAGGAUGUCUACUACACUUCCUCGGACUAUAUGGCGAACAUCCUGGCCGAACUCGAACCACCUCCGUCAAGUCCUGGCUUGUCGGUCAGUCAAGCUCAACCGGCCACUUCGGGCAAGAUAAGUAGCAACUUGCCGCUGUUAAGUCUACCAAAAUUCUCAGGCGAGUUAAGCGAGUGGGAAUCCUUUCGGGAUCAAUUUCGCGCAAUCGUUAUCGACAAUAACGAUCUCUCAAAUGUAUCGCGGAUGCAUUAUCUCAGCUCAUGUUUAAAGGACGAAGCGCGUAACGUCUUACGAUCGUUGCCCAUUACGAAUUCGAAUUUUCCAGUAGCGUGGGGACUCCUUGUCAAACGGUACGACAAUAAGCGUCGACUCGUGCACGAACACAUUCAUGCGCUUCACAAUCUACCUACUGUAAAAACCAAUCCGCGUCGGAACUUGCGACUCUACACGAUAAAGCAACUCUAG